UUCCCCUUAUUUUGGAGAAUGAUUUAUAAUAUACCCCCUCCAUCCCCAAAUAUUUAUCAUUUUAGCCAAAUUUUUGUCCCAAAAUAAAAUAUAAUUUUUUUGGAAUUCAAUGAAAAUUUUCAAAUAAUCUUCCAAAGUUGCCCGCAUAUACUAGAUGGUGCAAGCACGUCAGUUUGUACAUUUUGCUUUUCCACGGCUUAAGUGGUCUGAUCAAAGUAAUGACACUGGAAUUUGGAAGGAUCAGGCUUCAAAUGAAACUGAAGCAAUAGGAAAACAUAGUGAUCAUUCAGGAGAUUUCGCUGGUCCUUCAGCAUUAGAUAGAUCUGUAAACUAUUCAAACCAGUCAGACAGCCAUCCAGAUCCAGAGUGCUCCCCAAAUUGCUCAAACCUUGAUGAACAUAAAUC